GUGAACACUUGGGAAUUCAUUAAUACCAAUGUUUCUCCUAGGAGCUCCCUCCUCUGUGUCUCCUUUUCAUCCAUCUCUCUGCAGUACACAUUCAUGUGAACUCUUUUGCUAUGUCUAUGCAAUGUGGCUAAACAAAGAGGGACAAGGGGGGGCAGGGAGAAACAUCAAAAAUAUUCUGUACUUCACCACAGUCUGGGUGUAAGAAACAGGUCCAGCUGAACAGAGUUUAACUGCAAGUGGCAAUAAGGAGAAUCUGAGCUCAAUGCUAUUUCAGAAACUGUGGUCACGCAGGUUGUAACCAGGGCUUCUGAAAUGCUUCUGAGCAGUUUGCUCUUUCAGUUAAAGCAUGUGCACCCAUUGGCAGCAACAGCUAAUUGCUAGUGUGGACACGGAGAAAGAGAGCAAAAGGCUAACCACAGGAAAAGUCAACCCUGAUUAGGCCUAUGAGCAAUAUUCAGUGUGUUACGUGUGACAUCAUUUGUGACAUUAGGGAAGUGAAAAUAAAAGAUUGUGUCAGAAAAGAACAUUUUUUUCCCCCUCAAGUGCUUGAGAAGUUUAAAGAAGACUGUUCUCUGCCUUCUCUUCAGUUAUCACCAUGGCUCCUUAUUUCAUCUUGCAGUGGAUCCUAAUGGUCCUAUUUACAGGUAACUAAGGUCUCACAGUGUCAGGCUCUCCAGUGAGAGGAGUGGUGGGUCAGAACGUCACUUUGCCCUGUAAAUACCGAGUUAAUCACCAAAAUGACAUCACAACAAUGUGCUGGGGCCGGGGCAGCUGUCCUUCUUCUCAGUGUUCUCAGACAAUUCUCUGGACAGAUGGACGGAGGGUGAUGGAGCGUCAGUCCAGCAGAUACUGGUUAGAAGGGAAUCUCGCUCAGGGGGAUGUGUCCCUCACCAUCGUGAAUGUGGCAGAAGCAGACGGAGGGAUGUACUGCUGCCGUGUGGAGAUCACUGGUUGGUUCAAUGAUCAGAAGAACAAUCUGGAAGUUGUGAUUGAGAAAGCGAGGACCUCCACUGCAGGCCCUCACCCUUACACACCUGAACACACCUCAGCUGCUGCGAAUGCCAGUGACACAUCUUCCGCCAUCUCCCCACAAUGGCCAUUGGUUUUCAGUUCAGAAGCCCCUGAGGAUGUUUCAAUACAGACUAUGCUGACAUCAAUCCAUCAGCAAAUGGGGCCAGAAUCCACGCGGGCAGGGGUGCAUGUUGGAAUCAGCGUUUUUGUGGUACUUCUAGUCAUCCUGGUUUUGGCACUAAUUCUAUCCAAAAGGUAUUUCCCCAACAGACAGAAGCUGAAGACUUUGGCAAGCUCAGUCUCAUUUUCCAACGCAGAACAUGGAGGCCUCCAGAGCACGUUGGAAGCUGGAGACCAUGCAGAAGAGAAUAUUUAUACGAUGGGCUAAGGAAUGAUUGGAUGCUUCCCUGUAGCAACUCUGUGGCUUUCGCCAGUUACUACAAAACCAGCACAGUUUAUACAGCACUCUAAAGGAUAUGUUCUACUGACCACUUCUAACCCUUCUUUGAUACAACUGAGGACAAUGAAGAGGGGUGCUCCUGGUGGAGGGCACAUGGACUCACAAACUGUUACUGGCAUCAUUCCAGUAAAGCAAGAAGUGUCUACAAAUUCCAGGCUAAGACUUUGCCAGUCUAUUGCAGACCCAAGACUCCCACCGUUUAGUGUCAUUCUCAGAAUCCAUUCAUCGAAUGGGAGCGAUAUGCGUAUUACAUUUGUUAUCAGAUGCAAAUUGCCACUUCUGAUAGUGAAUGAGAGCAACACCACAAUGCCUAAGCAGCUGAGAAGAGAGAAGCGACAGUCCACUUUCCUAUUUACCCGUGUCUCCAGCAUUGUUGUCUCUCCCUUGACGCUGGAUUUCCUGGGGCAGGAUGGCACAGCCAGGAACCAUGCUGUGCCAUCUGCAGGGAUGAGCAGGCUGUGGCACUUGUGAUGAUGUAGAUGUAAAGAGGGAUUUGUUUAUGUGAAUGUUUCAAGCAACAAAAGUUUAACUGCAUUUCUGCUAAGGCAAAAUAUAUUCAUUCUUGGUUACCAGUGAGGGUUCAAUCCUGCUGGGUCCUAAGUGCUUCCAGGAAGAUGCUGAAACUCCUCAGCUUCUGAGAAGUCAAUCGGAAUGGAGAGUACUCAGCACUUCUCAGAAGGCACUCAGCACCUUGGCAGGUCAGGCUCUUAAUACAUAGAAUAUGGACAUUUUGUUGGCUCAGUUAAUUAUGACUAAGCACGUUUUACUUUGGAAACAAUACAUCCGGUUCUUCCUCUGUGCUUUUUAAAAACCUGAUAUGAUUCAUACCAUGAACCACAUUAGUGACAGGCUCUCCCAUUUCCAGAACUCUAGGAAACUAGAAAAAACACUAGCUACCCUGAAGAAUGAAUAAUAAAUUCCUCUCUCUGCUGUUACCAAGGGGAAACUGAGUCAUGUUGGAAGGGUACGUCAGAGAUCUUGGUAAUGCAACAAAUGUUGAGCUAAAUUCUGCUCUCCACUUACAUCAGUAUAAAUCCAAAAUAACUCCCCUAACCAAACUGAAAUUUGAAUUGGAUUUAAGCCGUGUAAGGAGACAGCAGGCUGAGACAAAUUCUGCUUCCCGCAUACACGGCUGUAACUGGCACCCCAGUUCAUGGAACUGGUUUUGGACUUGUGGCCCCCAUGCGUUUUGGUCGAGGGACACUGCAAAACAAAGAAUGAGGAUGUCCCAUAAUGAGCUGGAUUGGGAUGAGCCAGCAUAUUUCAUUUUGUACGGUCAUGCAGCAGAACACAACCUAACUGGUACAAAUUCAGGUAGUUCUGGUGGGAAGAACAGUUUUGCUCAGCUGUUUUUUAAAACCCACUUUUUCACCAGCUAUUUCUAGAAAACUAGAGCAGAUUUCCUGAGACUGCAAAGACCUAGUAUGUGCAAGAGAGAGCCAAAUAUCUCCUGAUAUAGAUUCUAGGGCUGGAAGGGACCUUGAGAGGUCAUCAAGUCCAAUCCCCUGCCCUCGUGGCAGGACCAAAUA